GCUGUUACACCACAAUCAAAAUUACAAACAAAUGAUUUAAAAUCUGGUAAAGAACAUCGAAGAAUAUCAUCAUCAUCAAAACUUUCAAUAAAUAGUUCUGGAACACCGACAAAUACUAAACGAACAACAUUAUCUACGCUUAGUGUAUGUCGACAAUUGUCAGACAAACGAGUCACAGCACUCAGAUCGGUUCAUACAUAA